AUGGCGAUCCAGAAGAAGCACGGAAAAGGUCGUUUGGAUAAAUGGUAUCGGUUGGCCAAGGAGAAGGGCUACCGAUCCCGUGCUGCUUUCAAGCUUGUUCAAUUGAACAAGAAGUAUGGAUUCUUGGAGAAGAGUAAGGUCCUAAUCGAUUUGUGUGCUGCGCCUGGUGGUUGGUGUCAAGUGGCGGCAGAAUGCAUGCCUAACCAGAGUAUCAUCAUCGGUGUCGAUCUCGCCCCGAUCAAGCCCAUUCCUCGAGUCAUUACCUUCCAAAGCGAUAUCACAACGGACAAGUGCCGCGCUACCAUCCGGUCUCAUGUCAAACAUUGGAAAGCGGACACUGUCAUUCACGAUGGUGCGCCCAAUGUCGGUUCCGCUUGGGUCCAAGAUGCCUUCUCUCAGGCGGAGUUGGUCUUGGAGUCGAUGAAGCUAGCCGCGGAGUUUUUGGCUGAGGGCGGAACUUUUGUCACCAAGGUUUUCCGUUCCAAGGACUACAACCCUUUGCUGUGGGUGUUCAAGCAGCUCUUCACAUCGGUUGAGGCUACGAAGCCUCCUUCUUCCCGUAACGUGUCUGCCGAAAUUUUCGUCGUUUGCCGUGGCUAUAAGGCCCCUAAGCGGCUCGAUCCCAAGUUUCUCGAUCCCAAAUAUGUUUUCGCCGAACUCUCCGCCCCAACUCCUAACCACGAAGCCAAGGUCUUCAACCCCGAAGUGAAGAAGCGUAAGCGUGAUGGUUACGAAGAAGGAGACUACACCCAGUUCAAGGAACUCCCGGCGACCGAGUUCAUUAACACUACAGACCCUAUCGCUAUCCUGGGUUCUUACAACAAACUCAGCUUCCAGCAACCAAUCGGCGGAGACCUCGCUAUGCAGACUUUGAACAGAUUGGAGGAAACUACAGAAGAAAUCCAAACUUGCUGUGAGGAUCUUAAGGUUCUUGGAAAGAAGGAAUUCCGAAACCUGCUUCGAUGGCGCAUUAAGGUCCGUGAGAAGUUUGGUCUUGUGUUAAAGAAAAAGUCGCAAGAGGAUGAAGCCGAGGAAGUCGCGGAAGUCGCCCCGAUGGAUGAAGAAUUGGCAAUCCAGGAGGACCUUCAACGCAUGCGCGAGAAUGAAACCACCCGAGAGAAGAAGGAGAGGCGUAGGGAGAAUGCCAAGAAACGAAAGGACAUCCUGCGCUUGCAAAUGCACAUGACUACACCAAUGGAUAUUGGUAUGGAUCAAGUUGGUCUCGGAGGCCCAGACAGCACUUUCUCCCUGAAAAGAGUGGAUCGAGCAGGUGCUCGUGAUGCUGUCGUCAAUGCCCGUGACCUUCCUGCUGAAAGCGAAAGUGAGGAAGAGGAAGAUGAAGAGGACGAGGACAGCGAUGACGAUGGCGACCGUCUCGAGAGAGAGCUUGAUUCCAUGUACGACCAAUACCAAGAUCGCAUGGAAGACAGAGACACGAAGCUCCGUGCGAAGAAGGCACGAAAGCCCUACGAGACUGAUGAGUGGGAUGGUUUCUCAGAGGACAACAAAAGCGACGAUGAGGACGAGAAUGAAAACUCGGAAUCGGCUGCCGCUGUGAACGAUGCCCCUCAAACUGGAAAUCUAUCAAAUAACGCCUCGAUGUUCUUCGACCAAGACAUCUUCCAGGGUAUGGACGAGGAGGAGGAGGAGGAGGAUGAGGAAGACGAGGAAGACGACGACGAAGAAGAAGAUGAUGACGAGGAAAUGGAAGUCGAAGUGCAAGAGAAGCCAUCUAAGAAGAAGGACAAGAAGGACAAGAAGCCCUCCAAGAAAGGUGAGGAGGAAUGGGUUGAUUCAGAUGAGGAGCCUGUGGAAUUCGAGGAGCCUCGGAAACCCAACGGCCAACUUGACAUCGAUAUUAUUACAGCCGAGGCUAUGGCUUUGGCCCAGUCAAUGGCGACUGGUGAGAAGAAGUCGUCUGAUCUUAUUGACGAUGGUUUCAACCGCUUUUCUUUCCGUGACGUCGACGGUCUGCCUGAUUGGUUCAUGGACGACGAGGGUCAACACAGCAAGCCCAACCGGCCAAUCACCGCUGCCGCUUCCGCCGCCAUCAAGGAGAAGCUGCGCGCCAUCAAUGCCCGUCCCAUCAAGAAGGUGAUGGAAGCCAAGGGUCGCAAGAAGUUCAAGGCGGCGCAAAGGCUUGAAAAGCUGCGGAAGAAGUCCGCUCUCCUGGCAGAGGACGAAGCACUCAGCGAGCGAGACAAGUCGCAGGCCAUCACCAGGAUGAUGAACCGGGCUACAAAGAAGAAGCCCAAGCAGCAGGUCAAGUUGGUUGUGGCCAAGGGUACCAACCGUGGUAUCUCCGGUCGUCCCAAGGGAGUCAAGGGCAAGUACAAGAUUGUGGAUGCGCGUAUGAAGAAGGACAUUCGUGCGGAAAAGAGACUGGCAAAGAAGAAGAAGAACAAGUCCUAG